AUGAUUUUGUUUGCAGUGACUGUCAAAUGGGGAAAGGAGAAAUUUGAAGGUGUAGAAUUGAAUACCGAUGAACCUCCAAUGGUGUUCAAGGCUCAGCUUUUUGCAUUGACUGGAGUACAACCAGCCAGACAGAAAGUUAUGGUGAAAGGAGGAACAUUGAAGGAUGAUGAUUGGGGAAACAUCAAAAUAAAAAAUGGAAUGACUCUACUAAUGAUGGGCUCAGCAGAUGCUCUUCCCGAAGAACCCUCAGCUAAAACUGUCUUUGUAGAAGACAUGACAGAAGAACAGUUAGCAUCUGUCAUGGAAUUACCAUGUGGGUUGACAAACCUUGGUAACACUUGUUACAUGAAUGCUACAGUUCAGUGUAUCCGUUCUGUGCCUGAACUCAAAGAUGCCCUUAAAAGGUAUGCAGGUGCCUUGAGAGCUUCAGGGGAAAUGGCUUCAGCACAGUAUAUUACUGCAGCCCUUAGAGAUUUGUUUGAUUCCAUGGAUAAAACUUCUUCUAGUAUUCCACCCAUUAUUCUCCUACAAUUUUUGCACAUGGCUUUCCCACAGUUUGCGGAGAAGGGUGAACAAGGACAAUAUCUUCAACAGGUAAUCAGGGCAAGGUUUUUUCAUUAUAUAAAUGUAAAACUUAGUAAAAUUGGAAUUAUUUCAUUUUAAUUUUUGCAGACAGAUUCCUCAUCUGCAUCAGCAGUGACACCUUCUAAGAAGAAAAGCCUAAUUGAUCAGUUCUUUGGUGUUGAGUUUGAAACUACCAUGAAAUGUACAGAAUCUGAAGAAGAAGAAGUCACCAAAGGAAAGGAAAAUCAGCUUCAACUUAGCUGUUUUAUCAAUCAGGAAGUCAAGUAUCUUUUUACAGGACUUAAAUUGCGACUUCAGGAAGAAAUCACAAAACAGUCUCCAACAUUGCAAAGAAAUGCUUUGUACAUCAAAUCUUCCAAGAUCAGCCGGCUACCUGGUUACUUAACUAUUCAGAUGGUUCGAUUUUUUUAUAAAGAGAAGGAAUCUGUGAAUGCCAAAGUUCUUAAGGAUGUUAAAUUUCCUCUUAUGUUGGAUGUGUAUGAACUAUGUACACCAGAACUUCAAGAGAAAAUGGUUUCUUUUCGAUCAAAAUUCAAGGAUCUAGAAGAUAAAAAAGUCAGUCAACAACCAAAUACAAGUGACAACAAAAGUAGUCCCCAGAAAGAAGUUAAGUAUGAACCCUUUUCUUUUGCUGAUGAUAUUGGCUCCAAUAAUUGUGGAUACUACGACUUACAAGCAGUGCUGACACACCAGGGAAGGUCUAGUUCUUCAGGUCAUUAUGUAUCAUGGGUGAAAAGGAAACAAGGUGAAUGGAUUAAGUUUGAUGAUGAUAAGGUCAGCAUAGUAACACCAGAAGAUAUCUUGCGGCUUUCUGGUGGUGGAGACUGGCAUAUUGCUUAUGUUUUACUCUAUGGGCCUCGCAGAGUUGAAAUAAUGGAAGAGGAAAGUGAACAGUAAUCUUCAUUCUAGCUAUUUAUGCAGGUGUGAAAUAAAUGUUAUUUGUUGAUCAUUUCUAUAAUCCAGAGCUUUAGGGGGAGAUAUUUAGGUGGUUUUUUGUUUCCCCUCUGUGCGACAGAAGAGGGCAGAAGCAGACCACUCCAUGCAUCAACCUAAAAAUUACAGGAAAGAGAAAAUCACCUUUGGAUUGUGCUGCCCUAUAUAAAGGUGGCAGAAAAACAUUUUUUAAAUGCUUAUUUCUUGCAUUAAUUUUUAAAAUUUCUGAUUUGGAAUGCCCUUGAACCAUUUCCUGCUGUGAUAAUUUUCCUCCCUGCCCUUUUCAGCCCCAAAUUGAGCAGUCUGAUGGUUUUUGCACAGCUAUUCCAUAUUCUUUGUUCUUGCAUGGUUCAAACCACCAUUCGGUAGCUGUCCAUCCUUUGCCUUAUCUAACAAAAGUUUUCCCAGGAAGGUGGAAAAGGAAAUGAUGCCCUCAUUGUGUAACUCAGUGCUGCUGUCCACAUCCCAUGGAAACAUGGACACAAUCAAGUAUUUGUCCAGCUUGACUGUUGCUGGCUUUUCAUGACUUUAAAAUAAAUUGUGAUCAAUAAUAGUAUUUGAUUAUACAUUUAUUAUUGUGUCUCUCUCUGAUGUACUAUGGUUUGUACAUUUAACUUUGCAAUGGUUUUGUAGUAACCAACCUUAAAAAAAUGUUGACAAGCUCUGGUUGCUUAUUUUUAGAAAAUGAGGUUAUUUAAUAAGAAAUAAAAAGAGGGAUUAACAGCUUUUGACCUCAAGUCUUUCGUCUUUUGCGUGUUGGAGCUUGGCUAAAGAUUCAGCUAUAUUUAAUACUAUACAAUUUCUGCAGAUGGUUAAUUUUACUGCGCUGUUAUAUGCAUCCAUUUUAAAAUAUGUUAUCUUCUUUGCCCAUUUCCACUUAAAAAGGAAUACGGAAUUGUAAAAGUAAUGGGUUUCUUUGGAUGCUAAAUGCAGUAAUGUUAUUAGUCAGAUUUGUUCUUUGGCUCAGUUGGUGUUUGCUUUUACUCUCCUGUUGACUCCUAAAAUCUUAGUAUCAGUGGUUUUAACAGUGAUGGGAGAAAACACCAAGAGGAUGAGGCAUUUGACUAUGAUAGGUUUUUUACAUUCUAAUACAUUCUAAUUAGUCACUCAUCUUUGUUUCAGGAACCUUGAUUGCUAGGGAAAGGAUAAAUGAUAGAAUAUUAGCUAAUUUUUCUGAUUUUCCUUCAGUUAGGUAUUUAUAAUAAUGUUGGGGAUUAUCAUGACAGCUCUGUCUUUGCUUAUGUUGUUUUAUUGCUCUGCAGAGCACAAUACUGCUAUUAGAUUCCUAGAGAAUGACAGCCAUUUUCCUCUCAAACCUGUGCAGUGUGAUGUAAUCUGAGACGACUACGGGAUAAAAUAAGUAUUUUAGGGAAUUUGUAAAUAGCUUCCUCAUCUAAAGUUUGACUAUUGGCAAUUUUUUACUUUGGGAGGGGGAAUGAAGAAUAGAAUGGGGAGGAUGAGACCUAAGAACUUUAAUGAUUCAUUUGUUUGUAAGAUGCCUGUCACUUCUCAGUCUUUUUUAUUGUCUCAUUUGGUCAGAACAAUUUUAUGAGGACAUAAAUUUAGCAAUUAGAAUUCAGAUUUUGACUUGCUGGAUGCUGUAGCUACUAGACCAGGUCUUGUAUGGAAUGUAUUAAAAUUUUAAAAAUUGUGUAAUUCCUCGUCAUCAUUAUAAAAAGGUUGAUUUCAUUUGAUCUGAUCUAAAGCAUUAUUCCAAAGAAAUUUUUAAUGUAGAAAUUGGAUAUAUACCAGUGUUUUAAACUAAUAAGGCUAUUUUAUAAUUCAGCCUUGCAUGUAAGGCCUUUGAGAAGGGAGAGUAGACAAAAAAAAUAAAUCUUGUUUCCUGAAUGUGCCUUAUAUGCUGUGCCACUAACACUGAGACCAUGUCAGCAUUUGAGCCAUGCCAGAUCACUCGUUGGCUAGUGGUUAGGCCCCAAGAGCAUUUACAUUAUAAUAUGCAGUCAGUUGCCCUUCUUCAGGAUUAAAAAUAACAGCGACCUAAUCUGAGCAUCUAUAGGAAAAUGCUUGGGUGGGAAGAGGACGAGUAGAUGGUACUAACUUCAGCAGUCACUACAUCGUGCUUUGCUAUGUGCAGGUAGCUUUCACGUACAUCUCAUUUGAACUUCACAAUAAUCCGAGGAGGUAAUUGAAAGACCUGAGAGGUCAAAAGUAAUUUUUGUUAGGCUAGAAGAGCAAGGUUUUAGACUCUACCCCAUGUUGGGGGUUGGCAAACAUUUUUAUAAUGGGCCAGAUAGGAAACAUAAGGUGUCUGUUGCAACUGCUUAACUUUUUGUUGUAGUUCAACAGGAGUCACAGACAAGUAAGCAUGGCUUGACGCAGGUAAAAUGUUAAUUAUAGAAUCGUGGUGAGCAAACUGUUUGCCAAUCCUCUGCGUAAAGCAUGAAAAAGUAAGAUUAGAGCAGUCAUGGUUUCAGAAAGUGUUAUUUUGGAAUUUCAGAGUAGCUACAUUUUAUAACUACUGACAGCAUGAAGGAAAAUAAUUUGGUAUAGGAAACAUUUCCCUAAAUGUCACUUAUUUAACUUCAUAAAUAAAUUUGUUUAUUCAACAAAAAUAUAUUUUGUGAUGUUGAGGUCACUUCAUUUUGGCUGUCUUCCGAACCCACCCUCCCAUCACCCCAGACCCUGAGGUUUGAGCCAGUAUAUGUUCUGUUGUUCUUGGAGCACCAGCCAACUGUACAAUUGUUAUAAAAAUGUUUAUUGUUUACCAAAACCAGUGGACCUCUUAUCAAAUGCUGCUUGGUAACAAAAUCUUAUCACAGUUUUAAUAAAAAAAAAAAAAAAAAAAA